AUGGCCUCCGCCUACAUCGCUCACUUGGGCGACCUCAGUGCACUCUUUAGCUUCGUUGGGUGGUGGUUCCUACCGGGAUACGUUUCGUCGGCCGUUCUGGCGAUUUUCUAUCGCAUAUUCCCUUCACGCCGUCCGACACUUCCAGAAAGCCACAGGACUGCCGCAGAUGAAAAGCCGAUCUACAAUCCAAUACAUGAGCUACAGAAGACAGAAUACGAUCGUCGAGCUCGUCAUCAUCACUCAAUCGCACAUGGUCUCGUGAUCGGGCUCUAUCUGGGAUACACGCUGAUUGUUGAUUACCAAAAACAAACUGGCCAAAAUCACUACUCCGUCUUGGGCAUUCAAUCAAACUCACUCGCCUUCAAUGCCACCACCCAAAGUGUGCCCGAAGACCUGAAUACUGUCAGACUCCAAAUCAUUCGAGGCGAUUUGCUCGACGAGUCCGGAUUAAAAUCACACUGGCGCAGGGUGGCCCGUUCGUUUCAUCCAGACAAACUCAGCCCACCUGCCGGAGUAAGAUCUGAAGAUGAGAUUGCUGCAUGGAAGGCCAAAGUGGAGUCGCAAUUCAUCCGAAUGAGAGAAGCUUACGAAACCUUGAAUGAUAAUACCAAACGAUGGGCGUACGAUCGCUUUGGACCAACGAUCCUACAAUGGAAAAAUUGCAUUACUCUGAGAGAGUACCUGAUCGAAGGAAUCAAGAACACCUGCCCAUUUUACGGAUUUUCCUUCUCGUCUCUGCUGUUGAUAGGCACAUUGCGAAAGACAGACGCUGGUACAUUUUGGCGAUGGACGAUUAUGAUGCUGGUCGUUGGAUUUGAGGCGAUCAUUUUAACUUCGACCUCACUCACCCGGAUCUCAUACUACAUGUCCUUAAUUUUCCCGAACCGGGCACCAUUCGAGCACAUCGAACUAUUGAGACAAUUUUUCAUUGCGGGUUCGUGUGUAGCGACGCAAAUCUCGGGCAUCAUCUAUUCAGUACCGGAGGAAAAGAACAGGAGCCGAUCGUUGGAGCAGUCGAUCGAGCCCAUGCUCGGCUUGGUCGACCAGGUCCAGGAAUAUUCCGCCCUGGCGAACGUCGAGUUGGUCAAGUUGCUGUUCAACGACUUGCAUCCGAUCAUCAGAAACUCGGCUGCCAAAAAUAAAUCGAAUGAUAAGGAAGCCGAAGAUACUUUCAACCCUGAAGCCGACGCAUUAUCCCAGUCUCAAGCUGCUGAAGUACAGAAGUUGAUCGCCGAUGUUAAAAGUAAAAUGCUCGACACGUUUUGUGAUCUGAAGUUCCAGUCUGAUCCGAAUGGUCAAGCUGCGUGGAUUCAAGCGAUCCGAAGCGAAGAUGCUACUGAAUAA